CUGAACCAGUUCACUCUGACACGCACCGUUCAAAUGAACUUAUUCUGAACGAAACGUCACAGUCGCAGUAAAAAAGAAGAAGAAAAAAGAAGAAAGAAAAAACAACAGUGUACAUAAGAUGCGUGCAUCUGUGUAUACAUAUGUAUAAGAAGAGCGCGGCAUAGAAACCGCCGCCAAACGCAAAGAAAUUCAUUCAUACAUACGUACAUAUAAGUGUAUGUAUGUAUGCUACACACACAUACAGACACGCGCGCAACGACGAACAACAACAUCAGCACUUGAAGGCGCCCCGAAAAUAAUAUUGUACGUAAAUUUUAAUUAAAGCAAGCAAAAAGAAACAAACAACAGAACAGCAAACAGCAAAAGGAAAAAACAAAAAUCAAUAGGCGAUAAAAAAAAAAAAAAAUAGUGUUAUCAGCGUGUUUUCGUCAUUUCGCUUUGAAAUUGGAAUUUGUUGUUGUCGUCUCGCUAUUCAAUAUUGUUGUUGCUGACAUCUCUCGCUGAUAUUUCAACACAAAUUUGUUGUUGCUGCCGCGAGCCCAAAGUGCGCGGCAGCGGCAACGACAUCGGUUCGUUUACGUUGCGUAGACGCCGCUGACGCGGACGCUGACAAUGUCUGUGCAGCAAUUCUGUCUGCGCUGGAACAAUCACCAGCCGAACUUCAUAUCCGUCUGCUCGUCGCUGUUGCACAAUGGAACGCUGGUGGAUGUCACGCUCGCCGCGGAGGGUCGUCAACUGCAGGCCCACAAAAUCGUGCUCUCCGCGUGCAGCUCGUACUUUCAGGCGUUGUUCACCACAAAUCCGUGCCAGCAUCCGAUUGUCAUACUGAAGGACGUACAGUACGAUGAUCUCAAGACGAUGGUGGAUUUUAUGUACUACGGCGAGGUGAAUGUGUCGCAGGAACAGCUGCCGCACAUCCUCAAAACGGCCGAGAUGCUCAAGAUCAAAGGGCUGGCCGAAAUGCCCACAGAUCCGGCAAACCUCACCAAAUCGGACAGCAAGUCAUCCAGCGAAGCCACUGAGCUGCUGGGCCAAACUGGCGCCAAUGUUGCCGCUAACACCAGUACUGCGGCCUCCAGUUUGGGUGCAGCCAGUGCCAGCAGCAGCGCAGGUGAUUCGCUCUGGAGCAGCAGUGAGGCACAACAAUUCCAGCAGCAUCAUCAACAGCAGCUACAACAACAACUGCAGCAGCAGCAGCAACAACAGGCCCAACAACAGCAGCAACAACAACAACAGCAGCAGCAACAGCACCAACAACAACAGCAGCAGCAACAACAACAGCAGCAACAGCAACAUCAUCACCACCAUCAUCAUCACCAGGCACAGCAGCAGCAGCAGAGCAGUCAAGCUCAGGGUUCGCAGACGCAUCAUCAUCAGCUGAGGCGAACGCCAUCCCCUCUAAGUGCUGGCACCUCGCCGGCCACGCGACGCAAACGCUUGCGCAAAUCCUCGAAUAACGGCUCUGGAGAACGCAACAACUCGGAGGAUCAGCAUAGCAGCUCGCUGGAUGCAGCUGGUGCUGGCAGUGCAGCCGGCCUCAGUUUGGCGCAAAUGAGUCAAAUGUCCUUUGCCGCUGGCGGUGCUGGCAGCUCGGCAGCAUUGGGCAGCCUCUCGGGACAUGCGUUGCAUGGCAGCAAGCUGAUCAAGGAGUCGACGAGCACUGAACUGGAGCAACAGCCUCAGGAUUCUGAUCUGGAUGACGCACACGGACACAUACAUAUGCAAAUUAAACCCGAAGUGGAUAUUGGUAGUGUGAAUCAAUCGAUGCCGCUGGAUAUAUCGGGCGCGACAACACCAUCGGAACACGACGCCCCCAAUUCGCAAUCGUCGCAUUCGGGUCUGCAAUGGACAGUUGUUGAUUCAAACUAUUCGCGCUUCUCGAUGCCCGCCUGCCAGUCCAACUUGAUUGGGAACGGCAACGGUGGCAAUCCAAAUAGCGGCGCGAAUAACAGUGCCGGCGUCGGCAACGCGGCCAACGAUCAACGGCAGCAGCAGCAACAACAACACGAAGCCCAGCAGCAGGCCACGCAACAGCAGCAGCAGCAACAACAGCAUCUGCAGCAGCUGCACUACCAGCAACAGCAGCAGCAGCAACAACAGCAGGGCGCCACAGCUGGUCAAGCGUACUCCUCGCAAAUAAUAACUGUGAACAAUCUGGUCAGCGGCUAUGCAACGGCAGCGCAAAACUUGUCGCCCACAUCGCCCAACGAGUCCAAUAUGGUGCAGUCCGUGUACAGUCAAGGGCCGACGCCCACACAGUCGCCGGUGCAUUCGGGUGUGGGUGGCGGUGGCGGUGGCAGCAGCGCAGGUGGUAGUGCAGGCGGAGCUGGUGGCGGCAGCGGCGGUGGCAAUAGCAGCAGUGGCAACGGUGGCGGUGGUCAAGUGCCUAAGCGAAAGCGUUCAGUCAAUCCACAAGGUGAUGAAAAUUUCAUACGCGCCUUGGAGGCGGUACGCACGGGCGGCAUUGGAUUCUGCAAGGCGGCGCGUCUGUAUGGCGUCAAUAAUCGAACGUUGUGGCUGGAGUACAAGAAGCGCGGUUAUCCGGUGUCGAGGCCCAGCAUUAAAGCGCGAGUUGUCAAGCAGGAACCAAAUCUAUCGCCGUCGCCAACACCAUCCACGAAUCCAGGCGAUGAUACGACCAACGAAACGUAUGAUCACCUUACAGCAGCGGCCGUUGCAGCGGCUCAAACAGCAGCACUCAAUAUGCAGAUACCUCCGCAGACGGAGACACCGACGCCAUCGCUGAUGUGUACGCCACAUCACGCGGGUGCAACGGCAGCUGGCACAGCCGGUACCGCCAAUCCCAUCGGUGUGAUGAGCUUGUUUGACCCGCGGUACAUGGAUUCGCCGACAAUGCCGCGACAGCGUUAUAUCGAUGCGACGGGCGCCGGCACGGCAGCUGCGGCGUCGGGUGCGGGAACGAUCAAUGUGAAUCCGGCCGCUGCAAUGAAUCUACAGAGUAUUAACUUCAACUCGAUAUAGAAUACGAUAACAAGUCACAUGGGCGUAGUUGCCGCAGCCGCAGCGGCGGGUGUAAUGCCGCUCCAGAUGGACCAGCUAAGCAGUGGCGCCAUCAGCAGCGGUGGCGGCGGCGAGUCUGCACACGGGCCAGGGCCAGCCACGUUGUUGCAGGCAGCCGCCGUAAUGGCUGCAAGCAGCGAGCAGCAAGAUCAACAAAUGAGCAUAUCAGCCGUGCCCGUUUCGGUCUCAGCAAUGGGCACUGCGCACAGCGCAGCGGCUACUGCGUUUCUUUUUAAUAAUUUCGUAACGGUGGCAACGCCACAACCGCCGCCGCAGCCAGCAAUGGUGGCCAACACGUUGCCGCCGCUGGUCAACACGGGCCUGCAGCAAUACUUGGAUAAGUCCUAAAAUGUUUAGGUGCGGCGCGGUGCAAACUCGAUACAGGUAUUAGAGCAAAACGGCAGCUAUUAGUGAACUUACCACCGGAAUCGGAUUGGGAUCGGAAUCAGGAUUGAGGGAGUGUGACUAUCGUAUAUAUAUAUAUAUAGAAAUGAAUGAAUAUGCCAAUCAUCCAGGCAGACAGACAGGCAGGCAAGCAAGAAACCCAAUCCCUCAAGCAAAGUUAAGCAGAUGUGCCGGCAACACAUGUAAUAAAAUAGAACUUAAUUCCUUAAGAACUACAUGUUUCGAGCCGAAAAUUAUUAUUACGAUUGUUAACUAAGGCAUCGGUAGUACAUGUAUAAUGUAAUCACAAUUUGUAUUUGUACAUAAAUUUAUACAAUUUUAUUAGUGUUCAAAUCAGACAAGAAAAGAAAAACAAAAUUGAGUAAAUGAUUUCUGAUGAUGUAGCGUCGAUAACGAUCGCGGGAUAUCGACUUUAGCUAGUAUGUAUAUACAACAAUUAAAUAUUAAUUAUAAUUACUUAAAAACGACGGCCUAAUUAUUUGCAAAUAUCCUAUGUACUAUAUAUAUAUAGAAAUAUAUAUAUGUUCAAGGUGUAUGUAACUUCCUUUUAUAUAAACCGGCACUCGUGUUACAAAUGCAAACCAAUAUUAUUACGUACAUUACAUCUCGAUCAGAACAUACAGAAACAUAUAUCGAUUUAUGUGUACAGUUAGGCAAAGGCCGCCAAUUCAGAUUUAGUUGAAAAUUAAUGUUUGUAUCUAGCUGGAAGGGAAUGGAGGAAGAGAAUGCGUUAAGAUCCAUAAACUUACCAUAAAUAAAUCGAACAGAACAGAACCACAUCAAGAAAGUUAACUUAAGCAAAAACUCAAUAAUGUAUGAUAUCAAUGUGAAUGUACCAAUUAUAUUUUAAAUAUGUGUGUGUAUUUGUAAAUGUACGAUUUUCGUUUAUUUAUCUUUUUGAUUUUGGGAAGGAACUCUAAAGAGCCAAAGCAAAAUGCAACGAUUCAGCCUGGCACUAUCUAAAAUCUAUUUAAAUUCAAGAUUUAUUUAAUUCAAUGAAUCUUUUCGAGUGCAAUUUAAUAACACACAUACCAGACAUAUCUUGAGGGGAUGCUUAAAUUGAAAUUUUGUUGCUUCAUUUUGUGAUUUGAUUUCCAAUUGAAAUAGGACUAAAUGUGGGCAAGCCAUAUACGCAAUAUACAAAACUAAGAAGAUAACUCGUAACCACCCAAAAUCCUAAAUGGAGACUGCAGAAAGUAAAUGUAACGUAAAGGCAACAAAAAAAAACGAAACGAUUAAGAAUAGUGUGUUUUUAAUAUACAUUCAAAACAUAUAGUAUAUAUACAUGCAGAUAAUAAUAUACAUUAUAUUAUAUAUUAUUAUGUGUGCAAAAAAUUAGAGAACUUUUUAUAUAUAUUGUCACAAGGCAUACUAACAAGAAACAAAAAUAAGAAAAUUAAAAAAAAAAAAUAAAUAAAAAAGAAAACGAAGCGUGA